AUGCUUUCAGCUGCCGAAAGAGAAGAAAUCGAUCAAGAAGUCGCAGCUUUUAUGGCCGAGUUUGACCACAUGUUUGGAGACCACAAUCGAGGUAUCUCGAAUGAUGACGCUUCAAAGAGCGGCACUUCAAGCGACGACACCUCAGCAAAUGAAACGAACACUCAAAGCACAAAGAAAGGCACACAGGAGGAUGCUUCUUCCGCAAAGUCAUCUGUCAGAUGCGACAGAUUCGCGCACUUGAGCCAGGAGCUCGCCUCACACGCCAGAGCAAUCGAACGCUACAACUUUCUGAAGAGCCACUGUCCGUGGAGCCAAGACGAAGCAUUCCUGAACAUGAUGUGUUCGCUGCACAAUCACCCACAGACAAUGGGUCUUCCACCGAGUUCAACUGAGCCUUUGGCCGAUGAGUCACCCGAGAACGAUGACGGGACAAGUCUGCGGCAGAGUCAGACCGAUGUCCGUGUUGAGACCAAGUAG